AUGCUUCGACGGACGAUUGUUCCUUUAGCGAAAGUUUAUGGUGCAGCGCCUCCGAAUGGCACUGGCCAGAUGCAGCCGGCUCGUCAUCGAUUGCUGCACGGGAAACGAGAACGUCAGGGAAGCCUUUUUGCCAUCGCCAAUGAUGUGAAAUAUGACGAGAAGCGGCUCCGCCAGCAGCUCAAUGCCAUGCUAGAGGAGGAACGUCUUCCACCACGCACACGGCUAGAGCGCAACAAAGCCAAUGGAGGCGAGGCUUUGCCACAGCGUCGGCUUGUCGACCUGCCGGGUGUGGAGCGACGCCGUGACCUGCCCGCCGAUCCGAUCACAAGGCUGUUCUUUCAGCACAAAGGGGAUCAUGCACUGUACUACGGCACAUAUGACAACCCCAGUUUACAGGACGAAGAUCGCAUCCAAAUAGAAAAACGUGAACCACGGUACUGGACAUACAAUGUGUUCACCCCAGUCUAUGACUUUUGCCAUCGUAUCCGCGAGGCAACGGAGCAGAGGAAACGUUUCGUCAUUGUACCUUCCACAGUUGAAACCCGUGGCUGUGCCCGGGUGAUGCUUGGUCAUGGACUUGUAGCUGGUUUUCGUGAUUUUCACAACGACCGAGCCUUUGCCGUGGAACUGAAAUACUUUCAGGGCGACUCCACGAUCAAUGUUAUUGAGCCCUGUGCCUAUGACGGCAAAACCGAAUUUGAGUGGAGUCCCAAGAUGAUGCGGAGACUGAUGAACACACACGGUAUUCACAAUCGUCUGGUGGUGUACAUUUGCCGGACGGCGGACAAUCGCGUUAUUGACCACAUACAGGCGGUAAAGGAGAAUGUUGGUGGGCGAGGGCUUAUUAUGGUGCAUUAG